GCGCUCUGUUGUCAUGCGCACUGACUGCAGCUCAGAUGAGACGCACACACGCACACAUCUCCUCCUCAGUCCAUCCUCGUCCUCACACUCAUCGUAUCUUCCUCAUGAGGUGCACAACUGCAUUUAAGAUUUAUCAGCACCACACUGAAUCCAUGUGCCGAUAACAGAGAUAAAGACUGCAGCAACAGUUUAUAUACAGAACUGUAAUGCAUGCAGAGAACCCAAACCCCGAACUGACAAACCCAAACUGAUUCUCCAUACCGAACAAACUACAGAAACACGAUGGAGAUCUACCAUCUUGACCAGUCGUCAUGACUAAAACUUUGUGGUGUGUUGACGUACCUACAUAGACAAAAUCAAGACUUCACUUUCAAACUGUGCUCUGAUUGGCUGGUCCAGCAUGCGCACCUGUCAUCUGUUGUGACCGGGGUUUGGCAGCAGCAUGCGUCCAUGGGCGGGCUCAUGGCGCUGGAUAGCGCUGGUUCUCUUGGCCUGGGGGACGUUGCUCUUUUAUAUUGGGGGUCAUCUGGUGAAGGACAGCGACCGCGUGCCGCGCUCCAGCCGGGAAUUGGCGAAGAUCCUGACCAAGCUGGAGAGAUUAAAACAGCAGAAUGAAGACUUAAGGCGCAUGGCUCAGUCGCUACGGAUUCCUGAAGGACAGUCGGAUGGGCCGAUAUCUUCAGGAAGACUCCGAUCUCUUGAGGAGCAGCUGACCCGAGCCAAACAGAAGAUUCAGAGUUUCCAGAGACUGUCAGGAGAAGUGGGUCCCGGUCGAGAGCAGGAAGAGUUAAGGAGGAAAGUGGAGAAUGGCGUAAGAGAACUGUGGUACUUCAUUCACAGUGAGAUUCAGAAGAUGAGUCACAUUAACCCGACGGAGAGACAGAAACACACGGAUGCUCUGCUCCAGGAUCUGGGACAUCAACAGAGAAGCGUCAUGAUGGACCUGCAGGCGUUGAGUCAGGCAGAUGGUGCAGGUGAAUGGAGAGAGAAAGAAGCCAAAGAUCUUUCAACGCUGGUGCAGAACCGAAUCUCUUACCUGCAGAACCCACAGGACUGCAGUAAAGCUCGUAAGUUGGUGUGUAACAUCAAUAAGGGUUGUGGGUUCGGCUGUCAGCUUCAUCAUGUGGUUUACUGCUUCAUGAUCGCCUACGGCACACAAAGAGUUUUGAUUCUUGAAUCCCACAACUGGCGUUACGCUCCUAACGGCUGGGAGACGGUGUUUCACCCGGUCAGUGACACCUGCACGGAUCGAUCCGGAACCACGACCGGACACUGGUCAGGUGAAGCCCAUGAUCGUGAUGUACAGGUGGUGGAGUUGCCAAUCGUCGACAGCCUUCAUCCCAGACCUCCAUAUCUUCCUCUCGCUAUCCCAGAAGACCUUGCUCCCCGCCUGCAGAGGCUGCACGGUGACCCGUCUGUGUGGUGGGUAUCUCAGUUUGUCAAGUAUCUGAUCCGCCCGCAGGCGUGGUUAGAGAAGGAGAUCCAGCAAACGGGAGUUAAACUGGGCUUUAAACACCCGAUUAUUGGGGUUCACGUCAGACGCACAGAUAAAGUUGGAACAGAAGCAGCGUUUCACCCUAUAGAGGAGUAUAUGGUGCAUGUCGAAGAACAUUUUCAGUAUUUGUCCCAGAGGGCCCAUGUGGAUAAAAAGCGCGUGUACCUGGCAACCGAUGACCCCUCACUGUUACAGGAAGCUCAAACUAAGUAUGCAGACUAUGAGUUCAUCAGUGAUAACAGCAUCUCAUGGUCGGCGAGUUUACACAACCGUUACACUGAGAAUUCACUUCGAGGUGUCAUACUAGACAUCCACUUUCUGUCUCAGACUGACUUUCUGGUCUGCACCUUCUCCUCACAGGUGUGCCGUGUGGCUUAUGAAAUCAUGCAGACUCUUCACCCGGACGCAUCAUCGUUCUUCCGAUCAUUGGAUGAUAUUUACUAUUUCGGUGGACAGAACGCACACGACCAGAUUGCCGUGUACCCACAUCAGCCCCGCACGGCCGAGGACAUCCCACUGGAGCCCGGAGACGUCGUCGGUGUGGCUGGAAACCACUGGGACGGAUUCUCCAAAGGAAUAAACCGCAAACUGGGACGAACUGGCCUAUAUCCCUCUUAUAAAGUAAAGGAGAAGAUCGAGACAGUGAAAUAUCCCACAUACCCUGAGGCAGACAAACUGCUGAGCUUAUAGAGAUCAGUUUGUGUAGAGUUAUCACACGAGGACGCCGGACACACAGAGAAAUUGUGUUUUAUCUCACUGAGGUUUAGAUCAUUUCAUUAUGAUCACAUUGACUGCGCAGAGACGCCACUGAGAAACAAAUCAACAAGGGACUUUUUUCAUACUGUA